UUAUUCAUAGUUGGUCUAUAGUACAGUUCGCGAGGAUAUAAUCUUUAUUGUGAUCCAAUUUGAAAAAAUCACGUAAGAUAUUAGUGUAUUUUAUUAAACAUGGAACUAUACGAUGUAUUGUUGCAAGCCGGAUUGAUAACAUCUGUGUUGGUCACUUAUCUAAUAUUCUUUAGCAAGCGUCAAACGCAAAAUAAAGGAGAUUACUCGCAGCCAGGAUGGAACUAUCCACUUAAACGGUGGCUAUCACGGUACUAUGCCGUGGGUCGCUGGAAGGCCCAGUGCGUGCUUGUGCCUACAAGUGAGCUGCCUCGCGCUGACUUGCACGACGGAUGGGACUCCGUCGACGUGCGCGCCACCAGCACGGAUGGCGCUGCCGUGCUGCUGGGAAUACGCAAAUUGUGCGACAGGCGACCCACCGCAGAAGUGACGGUGUACGUUAAGUUAACAGAUGGAUCCAGUUAUAGAUUACCUAGCCAUCCAGACACUAUAACAUGCCACUGGGAGGACACUGAAGGCGCUUGGAGCGCAGGUGGACUGAAGACUCAGGUCAUAGAACCGGAGAUUCGGCUGAGAAUUAUGUUCAAUGGCCUCCUGAUGUCAGUUGAAGACGGCAAAUCACAGCAUGUUAACUUUAAAUUUAUUUGGUCAUCUGCCACUAAAGUGGUGCGCCACCCUGAGGACUGGAGCACUGAGCUCGCCGCACAAGUUUUGGCUAUGGAGCAAUGGCGAGAUAGUAAAUGGCCGUAUUUACUAGGAACAUGGGAGGAGGGAAGUUGGAUGCAAUUUGGUGUCGUGCAAGGCCGCUUUCAAUCUUUCGACUAGCAAGGCAUUCCACAGAAGGACGAAUAUCUCCGCCUGCGAGGGGUCAGAGAAAGGAGUUGGGCGCCCAACGGGUACGAAGGUCGGAGGCGAUCCGUCACCGUCACUGCGUCGUCUAAGGAUGGCAUUCUGGUGCAUCUUCGUGGACUUUCAUAUAGAAAUAUCUUGACACAAUGCAUAUCAGGACAUGUCAGAUUCCCUAGCUACAAAGUGGAGAGUAUAGUUGACACCGAUUUUGUUCUACAAGAUUUCGGCGAAACUAUUGAUGGCAUACCGAAGGUGUACACAAUAAAUGUAAGAACUAAAGGCCGCAGUCUUCGAUUGGUACUUCGUAUUAAUUCUGUCGGUGGCAAACUGCUAAGUGGAGUCCCGUAUCAACAGGAGCUGGAGUAUCGUACUUUGGUCGUUACCAUCGACGAAUCGCCUGGCUCUGGCAUACUAGAACUUGGCUAUGAACCUUUAGAAAUAACAGAGCCAACAGUGCGCGUAACCCCGCCGCGCGUUCUCCGGUGGCUCAGCGCGAGCGAUGCGGGCUCGGUGAGCUAUUGCCUGCCAUUCGAAUCGCGCGCUGCCGCCUGUCCCGACUACGUGGGCGGCAAGGGUGCCUCGCUGGCGUUGCUCGCUUCCGUACAGGAUGUUGAGGGCUACAAAGUGCCACCAGGAUUUUGUUUGACUGUACGAGCUUUAGAGAAACAGCUGGAAGCUAAUCCAAAACUACUGGAAGUUAUCCGUGACAUUGAAGCUGCUAAUGAAAACUAUGACGAAACCAAUUUCAAAGAUAAAUGCGCUAAGACCGUAGAAUUGUUUAUUAACACUGAAAUAACCGAGGAUGUGAAAAAUGAAAUACUCGCCUAUUUAAAGGAAUUGAGGGUAGCUACUACCAAACAAGAUUUGGAACAACGAUUUGCAGUCAGAUCUUCAGCGGUGGGCGAAGAUAGCGAGAUGCUGUCGGCAGCCGGCCAAAAUGAGACGAUCCUGGGCUGUACAAGUGAUGAGCAGGUAUUGCGCGCCGUGCAGCAGUGUUGGGCCUCCAUGUUCGCCUUCACAAGCGCAUACUACCGCAGGCAGAACGGGCAGCAGUGCGUGUGCGGCGGUGGCGUGGUGGUGCAGGCGUUGGUAGUGGCGCGCGUUGCCGGCGUCAUGUUUACGCGCCACCCCGACCGUGGCGAUGCAUCGCGCCUCCUUAUCACCGCCAACUACGGACUUGGCGAGACUGUAGUGUCCGGUUCCGUUGAGCCUGAUACUAUAAUAGUAAAACGUUGUGAGGGGAAUGCCCUUGAAAUAAUGAAAAUCGAAUUGGGUUCAAAAACACAACGCGUAACGACAGCUAUUGAUGGAGUAACUACUGAGGAUGUACCAGAGACAGAGCGUAGAAUUCCGUGUUUAACUGAAGCAGAAGCUUUGAAGCUGGCUCAACUUGGAGUGGCUCAAGAAGAGCUCUGGGGAGCGGGAAGGGAUAUUGAGUGGGCUAUUACUAAGAAUGGCACGUAUCUACUGCAAGCGCGGCCCAUCACGUCCCUGGGGCGCUGGACAGAGGAGGAACUGUUGCACGAACUGGACACGCCCAUUAUGUCUGACGAAGAUCUUACCACCUUCGCUAACACUGGUGAGGUAUUACCAAAGCCAGUGACUCCAUUGUCAGUCGAUAUCGUAAUGCGUCCUAUGAUUUCUGGAAUGACCGACAUAAUUAAUUCUAAUAUGGAACCAUUUGAAGACGGAGUUAUAUUUACUCACAACAGGAUUGGAUUAGCACUGUACAACACAAAUUAUCGACACAUGCCUAAAGAAAUUAAUAUGGAUAUACGUAUGAGAGAGAUGGCGGUACAUGGAAGGAAGGUGGCUGAUCAGAAAAUUGUCGAUACGGCUUUGCGUCGCCGGACCCCUCACUGGAGUUAUAAAGUUCAAAUUAUAAAAACACUUUUAAAGUGUCUAAUUUCCUCAAAGUGGAAAAUGGUAGAUAAUAUCAAAAUUGCCACUAAAAUGAAUAUACAAAUGAACAGCAAUAAACCGCAGGAAAUGUUUAAGACCCUUCUAAACCAGAAGGAUACAAUGAGUCGGCUUUCUUGGAAUCACGCUGUCACCAGUACUGCUAGCACCGCUAGUCAAUUCAUUGCAAUGUCUAUAUUGUUAGAGGGUGCCCCAGAUUUUACAAUGGAACAUUGUAACGAAAUAAGUACGUUGCUUAGCUCUGGGGACGUACUCUCUGCCGAAGUACCGUUAAGUCUAGCGAAAUUGGCGCUCCAGCUUGAAAACUCAGGAAAACUUGACCAAUUCAAAAUACAGGAUCCGAAAAAAGCAUUAGAUUGGCUGAAGAUCAACUUACCUCAUGUGCAUUCCAAAGUAUUAGAGUUCUUGAAAAUGCAUGGUCAUAGAGCAAUUAUGGAGUUCGAUAUGGUAACAAAACCAUGGAUCUUGGUUCCUGAAGAACUCAUGAAAAUUCUUCAAAAUAUGAGAGUAACGGAAAAAGAAAAUCAAGAAAAGAAAUCUGAUGCCGAAAUCAUCGCUUUAUUGACUACACCAAAGAAAUCAAGUACCAGGAAAAUCUUAUCAUGGGUACUACCACUUUGUCGCCGGACAGUGCGUUAUAGAGAGGGUACAAAGGCGCAUCUUAUCCUUGGUAUCCACAAAUUACGUCUGGCAGCUAUCGAGCUCGGAGAGUUGGUGCGCCGUUGGUACUUGCCGCACCAUGAUCUCGUAUUCUUCUUUCGAGCGAAAGAGUUAGCUGACUACAUCACUAGUAGAGAUCCAGCAAUACUAAGGAAGGCGAUACAACGUCAACAGUAUUAUCCAAAAUGGUGUCAGCUUAAAUUUGCGGAAAUCAAUGAGGGUUGGGUCCAGCCUUUACCCGUAAAGGGCCCUACAGUGACUGCUGGAGAUGUGAAGCUGGAGGCUACAUCAGUCUGCGGGGGCGAGAUUAUAGCCCGAGCUUGUGUUGUUAAGGAUCUUUCCGAGAUUCACCAACUGCAGCAAGGUGAUGUGUUGAUAACGCAUGCUACUGACAUUGGCUGGUCGCCUUAUUUCCCGCUCUUAACUGGGAUUGUCACAGAGCUCGGCGGUCUUAUAUCACAUGGAGCCGUGAUAGCUCGCGAGUACGGUUUACCAUGCAUUGUAGGAGCUAUGUACGCUACAGACGUUUUCAAAACGGGAGACAUCGUAAGACUUUCUGGCACAAAGGGAUUGAUUGAAAAAGUGCAAAUGUCGGAAGAAUCUGUCGCAACCGAGAGUUAAUGAAAAUAUUAUAUUCAUCUAAAAAUCUUGCAUUUUUUAUUAAACAAAACAAAAUCACAAGGUACAAAGGUCAUCAAAAUAAUAUAUACGUUGUUAAUAAAGCAAUAUUUCUAAAAUCCGUUAAAAAUACAUUGGGCAAUCCUACCAUCUUAGGACCAUAGACAUGAAGCAUUUAGCAUCGGCAUCCGUAACAUACAUAUUCUAAUCGCGGGGAUCAACCUCUUUUUGGAUGCUCGGUGUAGCUACUACAUGGUAAACAUCAGCGUAACAACUUGUUAAAACAUGGUACAGUAGGUAACGAUCGCUAAAAUGGGCAAGAUCAUAUACACUUACCGAGUGCAUCGAUAGUUGUCGAUGUUAAAACCACAACGUCUUGUUAAGGUUAUAGAAAACAUAGAAUCAUAUGUUAAAAAGUUAAGUAGCUGAAGCUGUGUAAUCACAAGCGGUCAUUAUCCUUGGUGAGCAUGUCCAGAUCGUAGCAGCUGAAUGCCAAGGGGCGGCCGAAGAUGAUGACAUGGCGGUGGGUAUAUGUGAAUUACAGCCACUACACGUAUAUGUACGUCUUCACGUAUCACGUUUGCCUGUACACCACCACGUGGGCUUUUUUUUAAAAAGUCAUAUAAAGUCUAAAUAUUUGAAAGCCGAAUCAGUAAUUAUAUACGAUCUUC